CAGCAGUGAACUGGCAAGACAGACUAAAGUGUCUCUCUGUCUUUGCUCAAGCUGCACUGAAAGUCCAGUCUCCUCACUCACGCUCUUCCAUGCCCCCAACCUUCUUUUAAGACCACAAGUCAAAGUGAAGGGACUUUUUCCUUUACUUACUGAGGGCGGUGACAUCUCUGUUUAUUUGGUGAAUUGUUUUUUCUGCGUCUCUUCUCUCUCCCUCCGUUUUUGCAGAAAAAAGGAUGUCUUUGCCUUGGACAGGUAUGCUUUUGCUUAGUUUUCUGCAGCCACUGGAAACCCUGAUGAAGGAAGGUGCUAUCCCAUUUAUUGAGGAAAACUAUGCAGCCUCCAGAAUGGAGCAAAAGGCUGGAGAAGGUCACUUGACAAGACAUGUUAACUCCAAAGGUAUCCUGAUGGAGUUGCUUGCAGAACUGGGCAGCCAUGAGGAGCAACAGUUCUCAGAAGAACAGCUGAGGUGGAGAAGGACACGUAGAGGAACAAAGGAUGAUGAUGCCAAGUCAGUUCAGCAGUAUGUUCCAGGAGUCAAAGUGGAGUUUCCUCAACCUGCCAACCCAGCCAGUUUAGAGCCAACCAAGCCUCCAGUGCCAUCCAGCACAGAUCCCUCCGAACUCCACCAAAGGAGCCCGGCAGUCUAUGGUGAUAGAGAGCCCCAGGUUAAUAGAACUGUGGCAUUAGGAAAGCGUCUUCAGAUCCAAAACCCUCUCUAUCCAGUGACGGAAAGCUCUUACAGUGCUUAUGCUGUCAUGUUCCUGUCCCUCAUUGUCUUUGCUGUGGGCAUCAUUGGGAACCUUUCGGUCAUGUGCAUUGUCUGGCAUAACUAUUACAUGAAAAGUGCCUGGAAUUCCAUUUUGGCCAGUCUUGCUUUCUGGGAUUUCCUUAUUCUCUUCUUCUGCCUACCUGUGGUCAUCUUCAAUGAGAUCACCAAGAAGAGACUGCUGGGAAACAUCUCCUGUCGCAUUGUGCCCUUCAUGGAGGUGUCUUCUUUGGGAAUCACUACUUUCAGCCUCUGUGCCUUGGGCAUUGACAGAUUCCACGCAGCUACCAGUCCCCAAGCCAAGCUCCGCCCGAUUGAACACUGCCACUCCAUCAUUGCCAAGCUGGCUGUCAUUUGGGUGGGUUCCAUGACCCUUUCAAUCCCAGAGCUCCUUCUCUGGCAGUUAGCACAGGACACCUCACCAGUCUCUGGUGUAGUGUCUGACUACUGCACCAUGAAACCUUUUCAGGAGCUGCCUGAGUCAAUUUACUCUCUGGUUCUCACAUAUCAGAAUGCCAGGAUGUGGUGGUACUUUGGAUGCUACUUCUGCCUGCCCAUCCUCUUCACCGUCAGCUGCCAGCUGGUCACCAGAAGGAUCAGCAGCUCAGAGAAGACUGAUUGCCGUAGCAGUAAACACGGGCAGUGUGAGAGCCAGCUUAACUGCACAGUGAUUGGCCUGACAGUAAUCUAUGGUCUCUGCAUCAUUCCUGAGAAUGUCAGUAAUAUUGUUGUGGCCUACCUAUCACCUGACAUGGCAAAACAAACCUUGGACCUAUUAAGCUUGGUCAACCAGUUUUUCUUGUUCUUCAAAUGUUCAGUUACUCCUGUGCUUCUGCUGUGUCUUUGCAAACCCCUGGGGCAGGCUUUCAUGGAUUGCUGCUGCUGCUGCUGCGAUGAAUGUGGUCAAGAAACUACUUCCAGUGAUGGUGGUUCUGAAAGCAAAAUCAAAACCGAGAUGUCCUCAAAUAUUUUCUUUGACAAGUCCCGAGAGUCACCUCCCCCUGUGGGGGCCAUUGGUACUCCAUGCUAAGCUCAAUCAGCCUAGUGGUAGACCAAGAGCAAUUCUUCCACUACCUUUUCCCAAGACCAAAAGUUGUGGUUUUCUUUUAGUACUGAUUGGUGAAAUAGCUGGACGCCAGAGGUGGGAGCUGGUGUCCAUCAUCUGCUUGUUCCAGGAUCAUCUUCUAAGAACAACUUAUGGACAAGGCAUCACAGAUAGCUAUCUCUUCUCUGCUGAACAGUUACCAAGGGUGCCACUGACUCCCUGACCCCAAGCAUGGCCAGAGAGGCUGCUGUCCUGAAUGGGGAAGAUGCUGUGGAAAGGCCCGCUGGCAACCCUCUCAAAAAAACAGAGAAAUCACCUGUUUUAAAGGGUUCAUAGUACACACUAACCUAUUCUGCACUGGUGCAGGGCCUUACUGUCCUCUUCUUCACUUCUGCCCCAGAGACAGCUUUGUGUACAAAAGUCAGCACUAUCCUAGCCUCAAUAAACCAGUAGACUAAGUAGAAAAAA